GCCGUCCUUUGGAUUGGUUUUCCCUCGGUAGAUUAACCCCAUUCUUGCAUACAAUGCCAUACUGUAUCAAUGAGGCUUCUCGCUUAAAUACUCCGUAGAGGUGGUAUCUACUACUCAACAGCUGAUGAGUUUAUGCAGGGCGCAAAUAGUUUGGGCCUGGAACUGGCUGACAAGCUCAGCUAGACCAAGCACGGUGCGGCUGAUGUGACGAGCAACCCUGCAAGACGGAGCUGACUACCAAUACUAUUCUCGAGCAUGAAGACGCCUCUGAAGAGUGGGUGGCAAUUGUCUCGGUCACGAAGGCCCAUCGGUCUAGGGACAGAUCGAGAGAGUGACCGACAACGCGGGAGUGUGAUUUAUAAACCAGGAGUUCGCCCGCUUUUUCUAGAUACCCCCCCCAAGUAACUCCUGUAGGAUAUCAGGCCGACCCUCAUACUGCCAAAUCUCUGUCAAUAUUAUUCCAUGAUGCCUGAUCCUCCGCGGGAGUCCCCAGUCCCGGCCCCAAAGCGCAUCAUCAUUUGCUGUGAUGGCACAUGGCAAUCAGCCGUGUCUGGCCAGAAGAACAGUCCCUCCAACGUCACGCGUCUGGCUCGUUGUCUCGAGCGCGCUGCUGUAGACGAGGAUGACAACACGAAAGUCUGGCAGCAGAUUGUCUGGUAUGACUCUGGCGUCGGCACUACUUCGAGCAAACUCGGUAAAAUAACCGAAGGGGCCGUCGGCGCCGGACUGGAGGGCAAUGUCAUCGAGGCCUACAACUUCCUCGUGUUGAAUUACAAUUCCGGAGACCAAAUUCUGUGUUUCGGGUUUUCCCGCGGCGCGUAUACGGCUCGUGCUAUCGCAGGACUCGUAUCCGACAUCGGUAUCUGCGAGCCUAGAAACAUGCAUCAUUUCCCGGAGAUCUGGGAGCUAUACAAGAAUGGCAAAGCCGGUGAAAGAUUCUACGGCAGCGACAAGUACUGGGACUGGGUUGAUGGGAAGAAGGCUGAAAAACAACCGGACGAGGUCUUUGACCCAGACACUUACAAACCGGGGAGGUUUCUGAAGUGGGACAUUCACCCUCAUGGAGAUUGGGCAAGCGAUCCAAAGUCGAGGGAGAUUGAGGUUUGCGCCGUAUACGACACGGUGGGUGCACUUGGCCUUCCAAGUAUACGUGGUUACGACAUCUGGCCGUUUGGACCCGACAAGACUGGCUUUCACAAUGUGCAGCUGAACCGAAAUAUCAAGCAUGCAUUCCACGCUCUUGCCCUUGACGAACACCGAGAAGCUUUUACGCCCACGCUUUGGUGGAUACCCGUAGGGGAGGAUGGCAAGCCGUUGCCAAAACCAACAGAAACAGAUAUUGAGAAGCAACAAGCCGCUAUUGACAAAGCACAGGCAGAGUUUUAUCAGCUCGACGGCAAUAAAGGGGCAACCCAGAAAGAAAAGGACAAAGCGAAGCUGGCCUUUAACGAGAGCCGAAGAAAAUUGAUUAGGAUGGAAGAGGACCUUAAAGAACCCUCUGAGCUUCUCCAAGUCUGGUUUCCCGGUGUACACAUCAGUGUCGGCGGCGGAUCUAGUGAUACCUUGAAGGACGAGGGAGAUCUGGAAGAACUGUCUAAUGUCACCUUUGCUUGGAUGUUGGACCAGAUCGGCAAGUACGUCGGCAUCACACACACAACCAUCUUCCAAGAGUCCACGGAGCGAUCAAACCACAUCGCCGAACUCAACGAGGCGGUCAGACAGUACAAGGAACUCCGCAAGCAGCGGGAGAAAGAAGCGAAGAAAUCCUGGAAGAGCUGGGCAUCGCAGAAGGCUAGUUCCUUGACAAGUGCAGCUAUGCGCCCCUUCACUAGUGUCAAGGAGCCCGAUGAGAACCGCCGAGAUCGUGGAUGGGCCACCGGUGCCUUCAUCGAGAGCUAUACGACUAUGUAUCUCGCCAAUGGCUCCAAGCCACGUACUCCGGGGCAAUACGACAAGGACAAAGCGAUACCAGUCAAAGGCAUCACGAACGAGCAAGUACAUCCAACAGUCGGCUAUCGCAUGCUACAGACGGAGAAGCUGGCGAAAGCCGAUCAGUAUCAUCCACUGGGUGAAUACACGUCCGGUGAAAAGAAGGGCCAGAAGAAAGUUAAGAGGCAGAAAGUUAAGGAUGGAAGCUUCGAAUACGUCAUGGACGGAGUGCCGUUGCCUGAGUAUAAGAUGAAGCCCAGCUUUCAGCUCCCAGGUAAAGUCUCGUUCGAAAGGCUUGCCAGCGGAGAGGGAACUUACGAGAACAAUGAGACUGCUGCGGCGUACAUUCGGGACUUGGAUUUAGCAAAUGGUUUCCCUGUUGAGGAGAGGUGGACUUGGUCGGCGGAGAACAAGGAGGAUAACUAGUCUCGUAUCUUCACCUAAGAGCACGUGUUAGAGAGCAAGCUUUUUAAUAUGCUUUGACAAACGGCAUUGUGCCAUAUUCCGUG